GAGGCGGCGCGGGCGCGCGCGGCAGAGCAGAUGGCGCUCGAGGACGCGUGGAAGGCCCUGAACCCGGACUUCCGGACGCCCUUUGCCUCCGUCGAGGACGCCGUCAGCAGGCUUCUGCCGUAUCACGUCUUCGCGGACUACGAAGAGGACGACGGCGUCAUUGACGCCACCGUUGGCGGCGGCGGCAGCAGCGUCGCCACCACGACAGAGAAUUCAAGCGCGCAGAAAUGGGAGGACGACAUGGGCGCCGAGGUGGACGGUUUCCUCGAGCACUUCGAGAAGCAGGUGCUGACCUUCAACGUCAUGAACCGGGAGCGCGCGGCGGGCUUCCACCGCGCCGAGGAGCAGCUCAUUCUGGAGAAGGCGCUGUACGAUGACGAGCGCCGGCAGAUGGAUCGCGUCCGCGCGGCACUCGUGCAGCACCAGCAGCAGCUGGAGCAUCAGCGGGAGCAGCAGGAGGCCGCCUUGCGCGCGCGAAUGGCGGCGCUCGCGCAGGCGCAGGCCUCGGGGGCGUGGCCGGCGGUGCAACCAGCCGCCGCCUCGUGGCAGGCGCUGGCUGCCGCGGCGCGCGGCGAAGGGGGCUCCCGCGGGCAGGCGCAGGCACCGGCCUUGACGAUGAUGCAGCAGCAGCAGCAGCCGUCGGAAACGAUGAUGACGGCCGGCGCCUGGCAGGCGCUCGCGGCGGCGGCGUCGCACGGCGAGGGAGGCUCCAGCGGGCAGGCACUGAUACAGGCUGUCAUGAUGCAGCACGUGCAGCGGCAGCGGCAGCAGGAGGAGAUGAUGGCGGCGGCGUCGCGCGGUGAGGGCGGCGUUCCCGGCGUGCAGGCGCUCCCGCCGGCGACGGUGAUGCAGCUGAUGCAGCACCAGCAACAGCAGCGGCAGCAGGAGGAGAUGAUGGCGGUGGCGGCAUCGCGCGGCGAGAUGGGCCCCGGCGAGCAGGCGCUGGCAUCGGCCACGGUGAUACGUCAGCUGCAGCUGAUGCAGCAACAGCAGCAGCAGCAGGAAAUGAUGGCGGCGGCCGCUGGGUGGCAGCUGGGCGGGCGGCAGAUGACGUACGCGGCGGCGCGCGGUGACGGCAGCUCGAGCUCGCAGGUGCUUCAGCAGUCAGGGCAGGGGCAGGUCAGCAGCGGCGCGGCCUCCAGGAUGGCGCUGCCAUGGCAUGGGAGCGCGGAGGGAAGGGAGCAGUAG